UAGUCUGCCAUUGUUGAUACUGGAGCAGAAUGGCGUCUAAGCGAUUGUGGUGUUCUGUUCUUGGGUGUAAUAACGAACACAUCAGUCAUUUUGAUGUUCCUAAAUCCGAACCGCUGAAGACGCAGUGGCUGAGUUUUGUUUUCAAAGGGAAUAUCCCCCCUCUUCAACGUCAAUGCAUUCAUGUUUGCGCGAAUCAUUUCUCACCCGAUUGCUUUAUAAACGAGGGUCAGUAUAAAGCUGGUUUUGCUAAGAAGCUGCUCCUGAAAAAACAAUCGCUACCAACUAUUCGUGUUCCUGCUGCACCUCCAGGAAAAGCAAGCACAUCUGAAGAAUUGGACAUGGUGCAACAUGUGGCCAGCCAAAAGAAAAUGUGCACAGUUGGCACCCAGCUCUCAAUGGAAACUUUUUGUCCGCACUACAAAAGCACAGGCACACAGACAACUAUGUUAUACCCAGAUAUUGGUGUUGGCCAGUCAAUACCACUGCUAUCAUCAUCAACAACACCAAUAAAGAGGCCAAAUAAGAGAUCUCGCUUGGAGCUAGAGGAGGAAGAGGAGGACCCUUCUGGAACCAGCUCAAGUAUGAAUGUGGAAGAGCCUUUGGAUUCCACAUAUGAUCCAGCUGACUCUGUCACACACUUGAGUGAGCCAACAGAUGUUAUAUUUGAGUCUUCAAAGGCGGUUCACAAGACAGCGACUUACAUUGUUUAUGAAAACUGCCUGCUGCAGCUUUUUGAGAAGUGCCCUGUGUGUCAACGUAUUACCAAUGUACAGAGAAAAGUAUUUGGCACAUUCCUCUCUGUGCAACAACGCUGCCCACAUUGUGACUUCUUCAGAAAAUGGAAUAGUCAGCCAAUUAUACAAAGCACUCCUGCAGGGAACCUCCAGCUUUCUGUCGCAGUGUAUGCCAAUGGUGCCUCUUUCUUCAAAGUUAAAAAGAUAUUCCAGGCAAUGAAACUGAAAAUGAUCCACUACACCACCUUUCGAAUUCAUGCCCGGAGGUACAUACAGCCUGCAAUUGUACAUAGCUGGAAGACAGCACAGGAUGGCAUGUUGCAGCAGCUCAGACAGCAGCAGAACAUUGUCCUGGGCGGAGACAUGAGGGCAGAUUCACCAGGUACUAAAUGCUGA